CUAAGGAAGAAGACAAAGCAGCAGCAGCAGAGGGGAGAGAGCGAGCCAUUUUGUGCAUUGUGAAUAAAGCAGCUGAUGGCUGACUCCUCGAUUGGCUAACGGCUAAGGCUAUCAAUCAUGCCAUGAACUUGUCCCAGUGCAGUUGCAGCCGUCGUUGCUGAUUUACGGAUAGGUAAUAGAACGAACGCAGCAUCCGGAAGAAUUUCAAGAAUAUGCACAGCUGAGAUUGAGGAACGUACGUGAGAACGAGCGAGGCAGUCGAUUAUUUUAUUUUUCCGAAAAGCGGGCGUUUGGCUGUUUUUCUUCGAUUUUGCCGAUCGUAGCCAGAACAAGGAAGCGUAAACCGUAAUAAAGGCUGUCCCUACCUAAUUGAAGACUCUGAGAUACUUGUUUUUUUAUUAGAUUUUGGCUCCGUCAUCGUUUUGCUUGAAAUUAUCGAUUCUGCAUGAGAAGCGAAAGAUGAGCAACGAAAUUGUCAAUUUGUCUAUGACAAUGCCCUUUAUACAAAGUUUACCAUGGGUUAAUGUAUGGAUGGAAAAAAUGAAUAAAGGCAUUCUCUCCAAUACUCAUUUUAAAGAACAUUGGCGUAUAUGGGUGCCAGAAAUCUACAGACUAGAACCUACCGACAACUGCCUAGAAUGGGUAUUCAAUGAAGAGCAGGCUCAGAAAUUUUUAUACGAACCAUUAGAAGAAUUUAUUUGUAAUGGAAAUCCAAAUGAAGUGUUAAAGCAAUUGAGCCAACUGGACAGGCCUCCAUCAAUAUGCGGAAGAGUCUAUAAAACAGGAGAGCCUACAUACAGCUGUAGGGAAUGCGGUAUGGAUUCAACGUGUGUCUUAUGCGUAGAUUGCUUCAAACAAUCGGCACAUCGAAAUCACAAAUACAAAAUGGGUAUAUCGAUUGGCGGAGGCUGUUGUGACUGUGGUGACACCGAGGCGUGGAAGAAGGAGCCAUUUUGUAAAAUUCAUCUAGCCGGCAUCGAGCUAAAAGAUUCUCCUAGGAAUAAAUUGCCCGAGGACAUGACCGAGAGGGCAACGAUAACAUUUCAAGCCGUUCUGAAAUAUUGUUACGAUCUAUUAUCAAUGGAGCACAGUCCCAGUCUUCCAGCCGAUCUUUGCGUAAAAAAUUCCGAGUCCCUUUUAGCAUCCAACGAUACGUACUGUACCGUUCUCUUCAACGACGAAACUCACACGUUUGAUCAAGUAAUACUAACGCUGACUCGCAUUAUCAAGUGCUCGCAAAGAGACGCGAUAGAGUACGUGACAAACAUUGACAGGGAAGGUCGGGCCGUCGUAAAAUGUUCCGGUUUUCAACACUGCAACGAACUUAAAUUAGAAAUUGAAAAAUUCACGUCAAGGAAUAGCAAUCGCCCCUUAAAAGUACUCGUGGAGCACGCUCACGUGGUCGCUCAUCAGAUCUUCGCCAUGAAGCUCUUGGGCUGGCUCCAGCAGUUUAUCAGUCAUUGCGAAGGCUUCAGAGUGAUCUUCAGCAAUGUAGCACUAAACGCCAAGCCGCCGGAUAUUCCCAUCGUCAAAGGAAUCCUAUUGCGAGACUAUCAGCUGUGGAAGGCGGCGAGAACCUGCUGGCAUCGCCUCUUCAUCUUAGGCAUGCUGACAGAGUACGAGAGCAAGAAGGCAUUGGCCAUCGUGUUCACGAGUAACUACGGCACGGUAUUGAAAGACUUCAUUCGCGACGACCACGACCAUUCCUAUUCAAUCGCCUCGAUGUCGGUGCAGCUUUUCACAGUCCCGACACUGGCUCACCCCCCCACACUCCACUACGAACCUCUCCUUAUUCUCUCCAAUACCUUCCUUCCCUCAAGGCGCUGCAACUCGGCCGGUAAGCUCGAAUUCGAGAGGAACACUUCCAACAACUCGUUCAAGCGCGCCCAGUACAUACUUUACGAUCUGCGCUACCUCUUGAGUGCCAGGCCCGAGACCUGGACCGACGAGCUACGACGGGGCUUCCUGCAAGGAGUCUCGCUGCUGCUCCAUCUCCUCGGUAGCAUGCAGUGGAUGGACGCGGUGGUGCGACAGGUCGGCCAGCACAUGGAGUACGAGCAAGAAUGGGAAUCCGCCUUUAAUCUCUACAUCAAAUUGUCGCCCGUAAUAAGCUUGGCCCUCGACUGGUGUGGCUCGGAUCGGAUCGUGCUCAUCAAGGCCUUACGGCUCGUACUCAAGAAGCUCGAGGAGCAGCCCAGCAAAGCCUCGACCAAUUUCCGCGAGGUCGCCGACUACAGCGCCUCUUGCAUACAUUACGAUGUAUCCACGGAGCCGGUCUCCAUUCACCUGCCGCUCUCGAGAUUCCUCGCCGGCCUAUUUCUCCAUCUGGAAAAGUACAACCUGACGUUCCAGGGCACGGAGUUCCAGACGCUCAGCAAACCCUCCGUCGAGGAAAUAAUCGAGCCCGUGCUCAGGGCCCAAGCCAUGAUAUCCCAGGUCCACGCGGGCAUGUGGAGGCGAAACGGCUACUCGCUCAUUCACCAGCUCUACUUUUAUCACAACGUCAAGUGCCGUACGGAGAUGCUCGACAAGGAUAUCCUCUUACUGCAGGCCGGCGCGGCUCUUAUCGAAAGCAACGAAUUCCUCAUUCACAUACUCAACAAGUUCAAUCUGGUCAAUUGGGCCCAGCAGAAUUUCGAAACCGCUCUGCUCAAGACCUGGGAAGAAGACAGUAUCCGGCAAACCAUCAACCUUGUCGAGGAAUUUUUAGCGCUGCUUAUAACCAUAAUCGGAGAGCGAUACAUUCCCGGCGUAGGCCAGGUGACAGCGGACAGUUGCCUCAAGCACGAGAUAAUCCAACAAUUGUGCAUUAAGCCCCUGUCUCAUUCGGAAUUGAACAAGACACUGCCGGACGACGUGCACCACGAGACGGGAAUGGAGCGCGUGAUAAACGAGGUUGCGGACUUCAAAAAGCCCCAGGUCGUCUCCGCGGGCAAGGGCGUUUACGAGCUCAAACCGGAAUUCUACUCGGAGUACAAUGUCUUCUUUUAUCAUUACACGAAGGAGGAGUUGAGCAAGUCCGAGGAGGCACAACGUAAGAGGCGAAAGACCGCGGGUGAGCUCGAAUGUUGCCCACCGCCAAAGUUACCUAGGCUCACGGAGAUGGCGAGCCUCGUUACGAAUCUCCUCCAGUGCGAUGUCAUGCUGUCGAUCAUGCAGACCGUCAUAACGAGGACCCUCGAUCUCAAGGCUCGUAGCUUCUCCGAGCCGCAGGUGCACAAGAUACUCCACCUUAUCGGUUACGCGCUGCAGGAACAAGAGUCCGGCUAUUAUCCGUUUCUCGCUUUUACCGAAAAGGCCACCAAGUGGGACAUUUACAAGCUCCUCGAGAAUUUGUAUAAUAGUCCGCGAAUCGACGCGCACAAGGAUUUGUUGACUUGGGUGCUCGAGAAGUAUAGACAAGUCGCUGGUUCCUCGAUCGUCGACGUCGAGCCACCGCCACCAACCGCCACCACAACGCAGGCUAGCGAACCCGAGGACACUGAAAAAGCGGAGAAAGGUAGUCAAGAAUGGCGCGUUAAGAUGGCAGCAAAGAAGCGAGCCCAAGUGAUGGCCCAGAUGGAGGCGAUGCAGAAGCACUUUAUGAAGAAAAAUGCGAAACUCUUCGAGGAAGCGGCACUGGACACUAGCAGCAAGUGCUCAAACGAACGAGGCUCUGCUAUGGACCUAAGCGAGAGUCUGGACGAGAGCUCGAUAGCCGUGGGUCGUCGUCAAACUACGCGCUUCUGCUUCGAGAAGUCGUACACGUGCAUACUAUGCCAGGAGGAUCAGUCGGUGAAGGCGGACGAGCCCGCGAUGGUACUCGCGGCCUUCGUUCAACAAUCGACGGUCCUCUGCCAGCAGCAAUACGCGCAGCAGCGCGGCAUCCCCGAGAUGACGCCUCUUUUCCUCUCCGCAUAUCUCGGCGCCUCGCCCCACACGAGCACCUGCGGCCACGUGAUGCACGCUAGCUGCUGGCAAAAGUACUUCGAAAACGUCCUCGCCAAAGAAAACCGUCGGCCUUACAGGAUGCGCCAGCCCGCCAGCUACGACGUCGAGAAGCACGAGUACCUUUGCCCGUUGUGCGAGUGCCUGAGUAACACCCUCACUCCUGCCAAACAACCGGAGUUGAGUUUCGACAAGUGGCUGGACAUCAUGGCCACAGUAUCUAACUGCAAGAUUGCCAAAACCUGUGAUGGCGGUGUUCAAAAGCUAUUUUACGACGAUAAAUGCCGAUUCUGCAAAUCCUUGGUUUUAAAGGAGUCGAAUAAGCGAGAUACUGCAGAUGCGAAUACCAGCAAUGUUCAUAAAUAUCCGAGCUUACAAUCCUGCCCAAUCCACGCAAUCAAAUGUUUCGGCGCCGACGGUUUGGCUCUGCUCGAUUUCUACAGCCAAGCAGGCCCUCAGCUAUCCGAGAAUCUUAUCGAAAUGAUUCAAUUGUUCACGCAGACGACGUACACGAAGGGCCUGGGUUGCGAGCCCUUCGACGGCGACUCGCGAGUGCCUCUCCUUGCAUGGAAAUCGACCGCCUAUACCGUACACGCAAUCGAGUUUCUUCUGCGCGACACCGAGAAGCCCCUCCUAGGCGCCCUUUCCUCCAGACAGCGCGACAGUUUGGAGGGUUUGGUGAGAGUCUCGGCCAUGAUGGGCUCGAGCUGGUUGAGCAACAUCACUGGUGAAGCUGGCAGCAACGAUAUCGAUGAUGAAGCUGGCAGCGAUGCCGCUGGUAGCGGCGGCGGUAGUAAUCAAAACAUGACCGAGAGUAUCGCCGAGCACGCCCUGAAUUGCUUAGCGUGCCUCCUCCACACUUCCGAGAGCGAAUACAGCAUUCUAAGCUGGGACGCGUUCGGUAUGCUCGUCACGCUCCUUUCGUCACUCUCGAACCUGCUGAGCUGCCGUAACGACGGCUCCUAUCCAAUUAUCACGGGCAACGUCGCCGAUCAAUACGCGCUGAGGCUCGUCUUCACAGCCCACGUCGUCAAGAUCCUCUUGACCUCCAAAUACGAGGAGGACCAAAGGAUGGACGUGGACGUUGAGGAAGAGGAGGAGGAGCAGCCCGGUGCCCUCCUCGAUCUCAUGAAGAACCUCGGACUAUCGAGCGGACGGCUCUCCGCCGCGGAGAUUUGGCGUCGCACCAAAGCCUGCUGCGCGCCCUUCCUCCGCUGCUGCGCCCUCUAUUUCCACUACAUAACGGACGUACCGGCGCCAAUCGAGCUCACCGAGCGCGAUGGCGACACCUACGAGAACAUUUGCCGGUACCUCGGACUGCCAGAAAGCUGCGAGGAGCUCUUCGCAUCGGAGAAAGUCCUGCAGCUAUGCGCAGACUGGGUGAGACGAGCGCGCACGGCGAAGCACGAAAUCGUGAUCCCGGAGCCACUACGAAUAAACCGACUCGUCGAGCUGCCCGAGGACUACAGCGAGCUCAUGAACACCGUCUCGAUGUUCAUCUGCCCGAAUAGUGACAAAGAGGACUCGCGCAACCCCACCAUGUGCCUCAUCUGCGGAGACAUGCUCUGCUCGCAGAGCUACUGCUGCCAGAUCGAGCUGAACAAGGUGAUGGUGGGCGCGUGCACGAACCACGCGAGCGAGUGCGGCGCCGGGAUUGGCGUCUUCCUACGUGUUCGCGACUGCGAGAUCGUGUUCCUGCGAAGUCCCAACCGAGGCUCCUACUGCUGCCCGCCGUAUUUUGACGAGUAUGGGGAAACGGACCAGGGCCUCCACAGGGGCAACCCCCUCAAGCUCUGCAAGGACAAGUACAAGAGAUUGAAUCAAAUGUGGCUCGGGCACGGCCUGUACGAGGCCAUCGUCAGAGCCACCGAGAUUUCCACAUCAGUGAACGGCCAGUGGCAACACUUGUAAUUAAUUAUUGCGAUUGUGUAAGAUUUAUUAUAUUAUGCCCAUUAAGGACGCGAAGGCAGACUUUUUUCUAACGGGGGCUUGAAAUUCGAACGUGCAUUGUUGAUCUUUUUUAUUGUUAAUUUUAUACUUGAAGCCUUUCCCAUUUCAUCUGUUGCCUUCCCAUCGCAAUGCAACUUCAAUACAAAUUACACACACCC